GACACAUUUGUUUUGGCGCUCGCGAAUGGCCCAGUGUACGUCACGUGACAGCGUCGCUCCAGCCAAUCAUCUCGCAGCCAGCGUGUUUAUCAAGCAACCGCUUGCUUGUUUUCGCCUCAGCUCGGCUCGGCGCGACACAACUGUGGAAGUCUCGUCGUGCUUCGUGUUUGUCAUCUCCGCCGUCCAGCUACCGCAGAGCUAUCGUUGUCUGUAGAAUAUGUUGAAAGACGGAGUCCUCACAAAUGUGCCUUUCGGAUGGGCCGCGGGUGGAAACUUGACGAUAUUGUGCCCCAACGGGUCUAAAUGGGUCUGGGAAGGUCUGGGAGAAUGCGCCCAGGAUGCAAGAGACAUGGCCAGCGUCUACCUGGGCCUGCUGUCCAUCCUCUGCUUCAUGAUGUCCUCCCUGCCGCAGUACUACAGCUCGUGCAAAACCGGGAACAUGGACAGCGCGCUGUCCAUUUGGUUUCUGCUGCUGUGGUUGGGAGGCGACAGCUGCAAUCUGGUGGGCUCCUUUUUGGCAGACCAGCUUCCGCUUCAGACCUACACUGCAGUUUAUUAUGUUUUGGCAGACUCGUUGAUGUUGACCAUGUAUUUAUACUACAAGAUGAAGAACAGAAUGGGUGAAAAACGUGCUGAAAUAUCUCUGACUCGGCGGCUGUUCUGCCCUUCGCCAGGCAGGAGUGUUUUGUACGCGGUGGGCGUGGCCUGCGUCCUGGGCUUCGCCACAAACUUCGCCUACCCGCCAGGGCGGGUCGCCGCCCAGCACGAAGCGAUGCCCGCCGCAAGCAGGGGACGCGCGCUGCUCUCGACCGCAGAUGCUGCCGCGUCUUUAACCCCCAAAGAGAUCAUCGGAUUCUCCAUUGGCUCGAUAUCGUCAGUGCUCUAUCUGUUUUCCAGACUUCCUCAGAUAUGCACUAAUUUCAAGAGGAAGUCAACUAAAGGGGUGUCUUUCUUCCUGUUUGCUCUGGUCAUCCUGGGAAACAUGACGUACGGCCUGAGCGUGCUGCUAAAGAACCCCGACCGGGGUCAGGGCGAGAACAGCUACGUGAUCCAUCACCUGCCCUGGCUCAUCGGAAGCCUCGGAACGCUCGUCUUGGACCUCUUCAUCAGCAUCCAGUUCAUUUGCUACCGCCAAGCUGCGGACGGUCUGAACGCCAGCGACUCGGAGACGACGCCGCUGGUGGGGAGCUAGAAGCGUCCCCCGAAUCACUCCUCUGCUAUUGAACGCUUACCAAAAAUCACUAAAUCGGGAUAAAGACAUUUCUCUUUUCAAAAUCUAUAGUUGUAUUUAUUUCACUCCUUUCUUUCAGGUAAACAUUUGAUGAAAUAGCGCAGACAGGCGAUGCGUAUUUCUGGUGCGGCUUCAGCUGCAGCGGUGACAUUCCGUCUUAGUUUUAAAGGCAAUGCCGAAGAAUCCUCUUUUCGACGCCUCCGAUUUUUCUCUCCAACGAGUUGCCAAACACUCUGUUUGUUUACAGUACAACUGUUUUUUUUUUUCCUGCUCAGAAAUGUAAAAAUUGUACAUUUUUAUCAAGUCCCGUAAUCUGAAAAAAAUGGUGCUUUUGUUUUUGUGUAUUGUAAACGUUCAGUUUGAUUGAUUUAGUUUUGAAUCCCGACACAUUUGCACGGGUGAUGAGGCAUGCCGCUUAAACCGGUUGACACUAUAUCGUGCACGUUUAAUUUACAGAUUUCUCGCACAGUCAUUUUUUUGCACACCUUUUUGUACUUUGAGGGAGAACACAUUUUUAUUGUGUCAGUGUACUGUACUGUUAAAAAAAAAAAAGUAUAAAAUCCAAUGGAAACAAUGAAA